CCUACCCAUCUAAAAUGUGUCGUCUAUCCAAAUUUGUUGUGUGCCUUCUGCUGCUGAUCUCUGUUAACGCCGAGUUGGUCCCCGAAUCGAACACAACAGCACAGCUGCAUUCGCUGCCGCUGCAGGAAGGUGCCGCUAAGGAUCCCGAUUCCGAUCCCAGCCCCUCGGACUUUCAGUUUCUGAUCACGGGCGGCUAUCGGCCGAAGAACAACAACCUGGUCAAGUACGUCGUCUCGCUGCGAUUGGGCAAGUCCAAGAAGUUCUUCGGCGACAACCACUUUUGCGCGGGAGCGAUCUUCAGUCCACGGGCCAUUCUAACCGCAGCCCACUGCCUGUUUAGUGGCAAACGCAGGCUAAUGCCCAAGAAGAUAUCGGUCAUCGCCGGGACGCCCAAGAGGCUGGUGAAAACCGGCUCCACACAGACUGUCGUCGCCAAGAAGCUGGUGCCGCAUCCCAAGUACAAGAAGGGCAAGUCGCAGAAGUACGACAUCGGAAUAGUGCUGACCAAGGAGGAUAUCACGCUGGGCGGCUCGGCGGACAGCAUAGCUCUGUACCACAAGGCUCCGGUGGCCGGGGUGCAGUGCACCAUCGUUGGCUGGGGCACAGUCAUUCAGUACGGGCCACUGCCGGAUGAGGUGAUCAACGGCGAUGUGAGGAUCCUGCCGGACACCUUCUGCAGAAAGCUGAUGGGCUGGAGCAGCGAGGGCAUGCUGUGCGCCAACGAUGCGACCAACACCGAGGUGGACAGCUGCCAGGGCGACUCGGGGGGGCCGCUCAUCUGUGACAACAAGGUGACCGGCAUCGUGUCCUUCGGCACGGGCUGCGGCGAACCCGACACGGCCGGCAUCUACACCGAUGUCUAUCACUUUCGCGAAUGGAUCAACGAGAACUCCUGCCCACGGGCCAUUUAUCCCCGGCGCGCGCUGUUGAUUCUGGUCAGCUGUGUCCUAGCCGAAAGACAUCUCAUUGAACAUUCAACAGGCUGCUACUAAGUUAUCCAGUUGUCCAGCUAUCCAGCUAUCCAGUCGGCCUGCAAACCUCCGAGCCUGCAGGCGACAAACCAAAAUUGACUAAAACCAGCGGGCAAGGCCUGUCAUCCGUGGAUGUGGACGUGGAUGUGAAGGCAGGUAGC